CGUCCCCGUCCUGGUCCUCGAGAAAGAGAAAGAGAGAGAGAGAGAGAGCUGUGGGGGAGGGGGACGGGGAGGGAACCGAGGUGGAGGAGGAAGCCCGGAGCCUGCGUGAAAAGAAAGGACCUCAAAGGCAAGCUCUCUGCAGCUGCAGCUUUUCCACGGCCCGGAGUCCCGAGGAAAAGCGCGCCAGAGCACGCCCGUGCGGUCGCGGUCGGUCGCGGCAUGGGCUCUCCCUCCUCCUCGUGAGCAGCGGCGCCGACCAGUUGCUGGGGCUCCUUUUCUUGGCUCCUUCUCGGUUCUGGCAGCGGCGGGCGACCAGUCGUCUUCCGGCUGGUGGCGAGCUCUCCUCCUCUCCUGGUCACCAGUGCGGCGCUCCGGCGGUCGUCAGCGCGCCAUGAUGGACCAGGAGCACCUGGACUUCAUCAUGCGCCACCACCACCACCAGGACGGCAUGGGGUUUGUUCCCGCGGACCGCGGCGACAGCGAGGAGGCGCUGGGGUCGUCGGAGUCGGAGCCGGCGGGGAGGCCGCGCGGCAAGAGGGCCCGCGCCGCCGAGGUGCACAACCUCUCCGAGAAGAGGCGGCGGUGCAAGAUCAACGAGAAGAUGAAGGCGCUCCAGAGCCUCGUGCCCAACUCCAGCAAGACGGACAAGGCCUCCAUGCUGGACGACGCCAUCGAGUACCUCAAGCACCUCCAGCUCCAAGUGCAGAUGCUGUCCAUGAGGAAUGGCAUGUAUCGCCCCUCGGUGAACUUACCAGGAGCACCUGACCAACUGCCAACAUCGCAAAUGUGCGCCGCACUUAACCGCGUCGACGCAUCAUCAAACCAUCCAUCAUCCAUGCUGCCUAUGAAUCAUUUUUUAGGAGCAAUGUCAGGGACUCGACAUUUGUAUGGUCCUCCGAAUCAGGACCGACCGCGUCACGAACCUCUUGUGUUAUCAAGUGUUCCGUGCACGACCACUCGAGAGCCUCCGUUCCUUCUCGGGCCAUCGCAGGGGUCCCCCCUUCGAUCCCUUCAGUUGACCUUACCGGCCGAGAUGAUCUUUCAAGAGGAGGCAAUGCUAAAGCAUCGGCUAAGUUCAACUCAAGAGACCACCUCUGUGCCAGGACAUGAGAUGAAGCAGGAAACACCUGCAGCGAGGGCUGGUCAUUUCGAUGCAUGUUCAAUCUGGAAAAAUCAAUCACAAGACAUGACGCCAAACAAUCCGGAAAGCGUUCUGUUUGCGCCUCACUUGCAUUUGGAAACGGUAAUGCUGACUCGGGUCUGAGGGCGGAAUCGAAGUAACUUCGCGAUCAAAAUGGACAGAUGACUUGGAAUCUCUGGAACAUUUGCCCAUUGGGGUGCUCCAUUUAGGCAGACAUGCACUAGGAUAGUAAAUGGUGAUCGCCAAGAUAGUAAUGGUCUUCAUCAGAUGCAACUUGUCUAAUGCUAGCAGUAGCAGUUAUAUUAUAUAUCAGCCAGACUGCAUUCUUGAUAUGAAAUCAAGAAAUGCUGAUCAUGUGAAUAUGUAGCGUGAACGCCUUCUCCAAACCGCAAUGAACUGAAACCAGCUACUAGUAUGAAUCCUUGUAA